AUGAUGGACCUGCACCGAUCAACGAUCCUGCGCGCAGCUACCGGCGUUCUAGCUCUGUGCGCCACUCUUACGAGUGUUGCUGCUCUCCUCGCCCCGGAUUCCGAUCCUUUUUACGUUCCACCUUCAACGUUCGCAAACGAUGCUCCAGGAACAGUCUACCGCUCGCGAUUGGCACUUAACCCAGGAGUGGGUGUAACCGGUACUCAGCUUCUUUUCCGCACGACCGAUGCUUUGGGCAAGCCGGCGUCCACUGUGACGACCAUUCUUCAAUCAGCGCGGUCUUCACCCAAGUACCUUGUUUCUUACAACAUGUACGAGGAUGGAGCUGCAUCCAAGUGUGCCCCCUCUUACUGCUUCAACACCUCUCCGUUUCAACUCUUCUGCCCUGACGGAGGUGAGUCCUUGGCUAAGAUUCGGUCAUGACGGACCCCAGGCAUGCAUCACCCAAUUCUAUACUCACCCUACGAUGUCUUAACAAUCAAAGAUCUCCAGCUGACCGAGGUCUUGCUCCGUGGUUGGACAACAAUCGUCACCGAUUUCUUGGGCACCAACUCCGCUUUCUCUGUCGGCCAUCAGUCGGGGUACCAAAUCCUCGAUGGCUAUCGCGCUGCGAUCAACUUCCUCAGGUUGCCCAAGGACGUCAUUCUGGGUGGCUACGGAUACUCGGGAGGCGCAAUCGGAACGGGAUGGUCAGCUGCCUUGCACAACUCUUACGCUCCGGAGCUUAACAUCAAGGCACUCGCUUUCGGGGGGACGCCGGCGAAUUUGGCCACGACGCUGAACAAGCUCAACGGUGGUGCUUUCGCCGUGAGUAUCGCCCGCAAUCUCAACGUUUCAAGGCUUAAACCUGACUCAAAAUUUAUGCUGUGUAUUAGGGAUUCGCGGUGGCUGGUCUUGCGGGUCAAAUGAGCGCGUUCCCGGAGCUGCAAGCUCGCUUCGACAAGCUCACGACCGCCAAAGGCAAGGCCGCGAUCGCUUCUGCCCGCAACGAAUGUGGCGCCGCCAACAUCGUCCGCUUCGCCUUUACCAACGUCCUCGCCACCAGCUUCCAAAGCAUCGGCGAAGGGCUGCUUUCGGACGAAAUGGUCGCCAGGUACUUGGUCCUCUCCGACAUGGUGGCCAACGUAACCGAAACCCCGACCAAGCCCUCCAUCUACAUGUUCCAUUCAAAGACGGACGAGGUCAUCCCCUAUUCCUCCGCGCACGAAACAGCACAGACGUGGUGCGGCAGGGGCUCCAAGAUUUUGUUCACGACCGAGAUCGGAGGGGGAGGUCAUGCCGGAACGGAAGUUUUGUAUGGCGAGAGGGUCUUCACUUGGUUGGAUGCGCAGUUGCGAGGCACUUCACCCCCGUUGAGGACUUGCUCCUUCGUCACCAAGUUCACCUUAUCGCUGCCCGUGCGUCAGUGA